AUGGCGUCAAAGUUGAAGAAUCGCCAAAGAGCACAUCUUGCUGCGACUGCUGAAAACCCAACAGAACCAUCUAAUCAAACGGAUCGUCGUCCUUCUACAGUGAAAGAGGAAGGCGACGAGUUUCCAGCUGCCCCAAAUAUCGCUGCGAAAAUCGCUCAACGUCGACUUCCUCGUCGAACUCCAACUUCUCAUGUGAAAGGAGUCGGUGGGGAUCUGAUAAGACGACGAUUGAGCAAGACGAAUGACGCGGAGGGGGCUAGUAAAGCACCGAAUAGGUUCACUUAUGGAAGCAGUUUUGAAAACUCGUUUGAUGAGUCUGAAGAGAAGAAGGUUCCAGAAGUGAAACCACCACAGAAGCAGGCAGAAACCACUUGUCAAGAGCAGAAACCAGCAGUCGACUCUGAGAAAAUCCAUUAA